CCUGUGGCACCGAGCCUGGCACGGAGGCAGCGGCUGGUGCCGCGUCCCUGCUGCCUGAAGAUGAGUGAUGGCACGUGGAUCUCGCUCAGCCCCGCCGAGUUUGCCCAGCUCCAGCAGUACACGGACUACUCCACCAAGAAGCUCAAGGAUGUUCUGGAGGAGUUCAAUGGGGACGGCGUCCUCUCGAGGUACAACCCCGAACAGCCCAUCGACUACGAGGGCUUCUGCCUCUUCAUGAAGACCUACCUGGAGGCAGAUGUGCCCGAGGAGCUUUGCCAGCACCUCUUCACUUCCUUCAAGCGUAAGAUAUGCCAAGCCUCCCCUGAGAGCCAGCACCAGAGCCCCAGUGUGGCACAGCACAGCACCCUCGGGAUCAAUGGGAAAACCCUUCGGAGUGCUCUGGGACGACACACCCUGGAGCCCAAGAGCGGCCACAGCAACACAGCUGAGCCACAGCCAGCAUCCCUCACCCUGGCAUCGAUCCCCAAUGCCUCCCCCAGCUGGUCCAGAUCAUCCUCCCAGAAAUCCACCACUGGCACCACCUCUGCUCACAACUCCUCAGGCUCUUCCAAGGUCUCCUCUGGGUCUCUGCUCAGCCCUCAGUCACCAGGCACGAGGGGCGUGGAGAAGAGGUUACCCUUCAGCCUGCGGAAAGGCCCCAGCUCCCUGAAAGCCACCCCACCUCCUCCUCCCACCCCCUUGGCCCAGGUGGUGCACCUGAAGGACAUUGUCUGCUACCUGUCCCUGCUGGAGAGGGGACGAGCAGAAGACAAGCUGGAGUUUAUGUUUCGCCUCUAUGACACCGAUGGAAAUGGCCUUCUUGACAGCUCGGAGCUGGAUCGAAUCAUCAACCAGAUGGUGCACGUGGCCGAGUACCUGGAGUGGGACUCCACUGAGCUGAAGCCUAUCUUGAAGGCUAUGAUGGAGGAGAUCGAUUACAACCACGAUGGGACUGUGACGCUGGAGGAGUGGAUCCGGGGUGGCAUGACCACCAUCCCCUUGCUGGUCCUUCUGGGGAUGGAGACAAACGUGAAAGAUGAUGGGCAACAUGCCUGGAGGCUGAAGCAUUUCAAGAAACCCGCCUACUGCAACUUCUGCCGCACCAUGCUGCUGGGGGUCCGCAAGCAGGGCCUCUGCUGCUCCUUCUGCAAGUACACGGUCCAUGAGAGGUGUGUGUCCAAAGACAUUGCUUCCUGCAUCAGCACCUAUGUCAAAUCCAAGAGAAACACAAGUGUGAUGCAGCACACCUGGAUCGAGGGCAAUUCACCUGCCAAGUGUGACAGGUGUCACAAGAGCAUCAAGUGCUACCAGGGCAUCACUGGCCUGCACUGUGUCUGGUGCCAAGUCACGCUCCACAACAAGUGUGCCUCCCAUGUGAAGCCAGAGUGUGAUGGGGGCCCACUGCAGGACCACAUCUUGCUCCCAUCCUACAUCUGCCCAGUUGUCCUGGACAGGCAGUCCCACUGCCGACGGUCGGAGAGUGACUCCCCUGCCAGCACCAGCCCCGAGGACAGCCAGGGCUUCAAGUUCAACUCCACCACAGUGGAUGGGCAAGUGCUGCAGAUCAGCCCUCAGCCCGGGACACACCCACUCCUCGUGUUUGUGAACCCCAAGAGUGGAGGAAGGCAAGGGGAGAGGGUCCUGCGGAAGUUUCACUACCUGCUCAACCCACGCCAAGUGUACAGCCUGGACCGCGGCGGGCCCACGCCAGGGCUGAACUUCUUUAGGGACACUCCAGAUUUCCGUGUGCUGGCCUGCGGAGGGGACGGCACGGUGGGUUGGAUCCUGGACUGCAUAGAUAAGGCAAACCUGGUGAAGCACCCACCGGUGGCCAUCCUGCCCCUGGGAACGGGCAAUGACCUCGCACGGUGCCUGCGCUGGGGAGGAGGCUAUGAAGGAGGCAACCUGAUGAAGGUGCUGAAGGACAUAGAGCACAGCACAGAGGUGAUGCUGGACCGCUGGCACAUAGACAUCAUCCCUACUGACAGGGAGGCCAAUGGAGAUCCCAUCCCAUCCACUAUCAUCAACAACUACUUCUCCAUUGGGGUGGACGCCUCCAUCGCCCACCGCUUUCACAUCAUGCGAGAAAAACACCCUGAGAAAUUCAACAGCAGGAUGAAGAACAAGCUGUGGUACUUCGAGUUCGGGACAUCAGAGACCUUUGCAGCCACCUGCAAGAAGCUUCAUGACUAUGUUGAGGUUGAGUGUGACGGGACCCUGCUAGACCUGAGCACCACAUCCCUGGAGGGCAUCGCCGUCCUCAACAUCCCCAGCAUGUACGGGGGCUCCAACCUGUGGGGCGAGACCAAGAAGCAGCGUGGGUACAACCGGCUGGGCAAGAAGGCGCCGGAGAAGCCGCUCGGCACAGUGGUCACCGACGCCAAGGAGCUGAAGUUCUGUGUGCAGGACCUCAGCGACCAUCUCCUGGAGGUGGUGGGGCUGGAAGGCGCCAUGGAAAUGGGGCAGAUCUACACGGGGCUGAAGAGUGCAGGGAAGAGACUGGCCCAGUGUUCCUCUGUCAUCAUCAGGACGUCCAAGCUGCUGCCCAUGCAGGUGGAUGGGGAACCCUGGAUGCAACCAUCCUGCACCGUCAAAAUUACACAUAAAAGCCAGGUGCCCAUGCUGCUGGGGCCCCCCCAGAAGAGCAGCUUCUUUUUCCUGAGGAGGAGAAACCGAGCUCGGGAUUAAAGCAUCAUCCCAGGAUCCACAACCUGGAGGCACUCAGCAUCCCAGCCACCUGCCUGAUGCAGGGGUCCCCAAAUCCCCAUCCUGUGGUGGGGACACAAACUCCCUCCCCCUCCAUGCCCAGUGGGGAUUAUUUAUCCUGGGAAGGUCUUGCAGGCUCCUUCCUGAUCACCAGAAGCAUCCUCUCAAGUUGGGAUGGAAGAAGGGGGAGAAGGGAGGCUGGCAUGCCGUGAGCACAUUUGCUGGAGCAGCACUAGGACUGGGAAUUUUUUUCCCCCUUUAUUUAAAUACCCUCCAGCCAAGGUGCCAGUGAAUGUGCUCCUGAGGCAGCGCUAAGCUCCACUUAUUUAUUUAUCAUUCCCUUGAAGACCACUUGAUGACUCACUGCACUGGUUUUCUGUCCCCCAAUCCUUGCAAUGGGAGCAAUUAUUUAUUUCCUUAGCCUAGAGAAGCCAUCUCAGCCACUCACCUCUGUACUGUGAGGUUCAAGAGAGAUGCAAAGAACCACUGCUGCCAGCCCAGUGAGCCACGAGGUGUGGGACAGUCUGGG